AUGCGCCUUUUUGUUUUCCCCAUCCUCGCAUUGGCAUUUCCGUGUGCCCUGCUCCCUUUGGCUUCAUCAUUCCCAUUAACCCCGCCCCUGGCCCGUCCUGCGCUUCCUCUUCUGCCGUCUGCCAUCGGUGCCAUCGUACGGAGCACACUCUUCUUCUUUUCCUCGUCCACAGGCCUCAUCCUUCUCAUGUUAGUCUGCUAA